AGCAAUCAUUUCUCCUUCUCUCUUGCUGCAUUCCUGCAGCCAUUGAGAAAUACUGUGAUAGCUGUGAUUGGUCACAGCUUGUCACAUGUAAGCAAUGAUGUCAGGAAGUGACAUCUUGUUUACUACUAUUCAUGUGAUCACUGAUUGGCCAAUCAGUGAUCAUAUGAAUCGGGACCUCACCUACAGCGAUCUGCGUUUCGCUGUGUCCUCCAGACACAGCAGCCACCGGUGCCGCGCACUCCCAGGGAGCGCACACAGGCAAUGGAUGUGGGGGGGGUUU